AUGAGGCCACUACUUGAAGGCAAGUGAGAGUUAGAAGAGGUUUCCUUUUAUGCUGACAGGCUCUCUAAACUUGUCAUUGCAAUGGCACAUGAAGAGAUUAAUGAAAAGUCAGAUGGCCCUGACCCAUAUGAAUUUGCAAAUAAUUUAAGCAAAGAGAUACUUAUUUAUGCAAAUAAUGUGGUUUCAGUCACGGUGGUCUCAGUUAUGAAGAACACGGAAGGUCAGGCAAAUGUCUCAAACACAGCUUGAAGUAUUGUGCUGAAUGUGUUACUGAAGCACUCUAAGGCCGUGGUUUCAGACUUAGUAGACUCCUGUAUGAAAAACUUACAUGACCUAGCAGGCAAACUUUCUAAUUCACAUUUUGCUUCUUCAGUGAAGCUGACUCUGUUCACUCUAGGCAGUCAUAAGGCUGCAGAAAUUAAGAAUGUCAAUAAGAAACCAACAGAAGGUAGCAAUGUUAGCAAAGCAGGUCACACUGCCUUUGGGUUGUUAUUACAAGAGUCCCAUGGUCCCACCUUCCGAACAUUUUUAGAAAGAUGUCAGGAUCCAUCAAAAGAAGCUGAAGAAUCAGAUUCACAGAAGUCAGACACUGAAAGGCAGAAGCCUGAAAAUGACAUGUCCAGUGCUACAUUAAUACUAAUCUGGAAGUUAAUAAACAAAAAUAGAAGAGGGUUUUUUGUUUGUAAAGUAGAAGGUCAGCCUGGAAAUCCAAUUGUUGAUGAAACAAACCAAAAUACUGGCAAAAAUACCAAGGGACAUAUUGGCCUUUCAGACACUGAGCGAUCCUGUGAAGAGGCCGUAUCUGGACUGACUAAAAUGCUUACUGAUCAACUCGAUCUGAGCAGAGAAGACAGCAACAGCGCACAAUUCAUUGGCAGUCUGGUGGAUACAGUGCUAAAGCUGUGUCUUAUGAUAGUUAAAUACAGCAACGCUGAGUCACUUCUGCUCUGAGCCCUUUUGCAGUGGGUGAUUGCCUCUCAGGCAGACAUGCCUGUGCUUUGCUUUUUGGAUGGCAAUGAGGAGUUCAUGAAUAAG